CAAUCCUGUUUUUCCCUAAAUUUCCCAAAGGCCAAGGUGAUGUUGACAAAUUGCUUGUUUUGUUCAUUCAACAGCAUUAAAAAAAAAAACAUAUUACAUUUCCUACCUUAGAAGACCAGCAGGUCACCUUUCAUUCAGCCUUAAUUAGUAUGAACUGAUCUGGGACAGAGCCAGCAAAUGAAAAGCAGAUUGCCAGAAGCUUGAAAAAAAAAGCCACACCUGGUUCCAGUUUAUGUGAUUGCUGCUAGUGAAGCUCCCACUGCAUACGAUGAUGUGGCUCUGGGGCAAAUGAAGGAGCAUUCAGUAGAUAAACACAUCAACAUUUACUACUUGCUCAGGAAUUUCAAACAAAGAGUCCUGGUGGCAGCCUUGUGUGAGAGAACAGUUCCAGACUGAAGCGUUAUGGCUCAAUUUGACGCCACGGAUGAAAACAGCCACUGUUUGAGCAGCAGCACUAUCGCUAAUCUAUACUCCUGCUUUGGAGAUAGUCAUCCAGUGAAUCAUUUGAUUUCACAAAUACAAACCAUGUGGACAAGAGAGGCGCUUUCUUUAGAGUUUUCUCUGGAAUCCAGUAGCGCUCAGGACAGUGGAGGCCUUGGUGAGAGCAGUGACUCCCCGAACCAGCUGGAGGACUGCAGUUCUUCCACAGACAUGUCUUCAGCUCUCCGGUCAGUAGCUUUAAUGCGCACAUUGGAUUUGAAAGAAAUGCAAUGUGCACAUGGGCCAAAGCUGUUCUCAGUAGUUGAGGAGGACAAUCAAACUUUUUCUCCAUUAGAUGAUCAGGAUAAAAGUACAGAAGGGGCAGCAGAUCCAAGUGAGGAGGAAGGACUGAGUGAAUUAUUCCAGUCAAAGUUCAUUAAUUUUUUUCCACUGUAUCAGGACUACUUUCUGCAGCCGAUGAAAGAUGAUCUGCACAGACUGAGCAAGAGUUUUGUGUCUGAACUGCUAACGCCCCAAUGUCUGCCGGGUUUGCAGUCCCAACUCGUUGCUAAAUGCCGCUCUGAGCCCACAUCCCAUCAGUUAAACCCUCCUGAAGCGACUCCGUCCUCACCUCUACCUCGCCCUGUCAGGGUGACUCCAUGUACCCUUUGGCAAGAUCUAGAAGAGGUGAAGGCAUCUGGUCUUCUCAGCAGCUUGACAAACAGAGAGAUUCGCCUUCAGGAGUCCAUGUUUGAGUUAAUCGGCUCUGAAGCGUCUUAUCUCAGGAGCCUCGGAGUUGCUGUCAAUCAUUUCUACUCAUCGAAGGCACUGAAACAGACACUGAAUCAAAUGGAGCAUCACGUUUUGUUUUCCAACAUCCGUCGCGUGAUGGCAGCCAGUGAAAAGUUUCUUAUAGAUCUGGAAACACGACUGGGAGAGAGUGUGUUAAUAUCUCAGGUUGGAGACGUUGUGCUGCAGCACUGCUCCAAGUUUCGCAGCCUCUAUGUGCCUUAUGUGACUAACAUGAUGUACCAAGAGACUCUUGUCAACCAGCUGCUGCAGCAGAACAGAGACUUUUUGUGUUCAAUCAAGAAGCUUGAGAGUGACCCAGUGUGUCAGAGACAGAGCCUGAAGUCAUUCCUUGUCCUUCCCUUUCAGAGAAUUACUCGUAUAAAACUCAUCCUUGAGAGCAUCCUGAAGCUGACUGAACCAGACUCUGACUCAAUUUCAAAUCUUGAAAAAGCAAUUGAAGCGAUCCAUGAGGCCAUCGUUUGCUCUGACCAGAUAGUGACAGAGUGUGACAAGGGGGUCCAAAAAAUGAAACGAAUUGAGGAACUGGUUUGCCUGGAAAUGCUGCUGGACUUUGACAAAGUUAAGUCAGUCCCUCUGGUUGUAAGCGGGCGUUUCCUGGUGCACCAGGGUCCCAUUAGACAGCUGACUGUGGAGGCCACUUACACCUCAAGAGUGUCAUUGAACAGCAUCUACCUCCACCUCUUCAAUGACCUUUUGAUCAUCUCCUCGAAAAAGGCUCCGAGGUUCACAGUUAUGGAUCAUGCUGCAUUCCCCUCACAUGUGCACGUUGAGCAUCUGAAGACUGAGGUCCUGGGUUUACCCCCAGACUCCUUCCUGCUGCAUCUCUCCCAGAGUCACACCGGACAACCGACUGCCAUGAUUCUUGUUGCGUACACAAGGUCAGAUAAAGAGGAGUGGAUGAAGGCGCUGUCAUCUAAACAGUGAUGGAAAUAUGAUUGUGCAAUUUUGAUUUUAUAUAAAACAAUCUAAGGUAGUUUUUAACUUGCAAAUUACUUAUACAGUUUAAUAAUAGAAAGAUUUAUAUAAACUUUACUGCACUUAUUAAUUUUGAUAAUGGCACUCUAGAGCACAAUGCAACACAAUAGGGAUUCCCACAUGCACUGAAUUUGUCACAAUAAACACACACAACAUAUUGGGGGAAGAUUUUUUUGAAAUA